AUUUGUAAAUGUGAAAAAUACAGUAUUAUUUUAUUAAUAAUCGCUGCAGCAGUACGAUAUGAAAGCAAAUCUAAACAAUAAUAAUAUUGUUGUUAGUGCGAUUAAAAUAAUUUACGAUAUUCCUGAUUAAAAUAACUCAGAAACUUGUGAACUUCAUCAAGAAUGGCACCGAAAAAGAAAACUGAAAAUACAUCCCUUUUACUGAAAAUACCGAAAGAAAAGACAUCGAAAGCAAAAACAUCCAAACCAAAGAACGUUCUGAAAAUAAAAUUGCAAGCUAAAAAUUUAAAGAAUGCCAUUGGUGAGAAGAAGAAAACCUUGAAGACUUUGAAGCAAAAAGGUCCUGCGGAUCCGAAUACCGGGAAUACGAAGAUAGAUCGAGUGAAUGGAGAUUUAAAGAAUGCCAUUGGUGAGAAGAAGAAAACCUUGAAGACUUUGAAACAAAAAGGUCCUGUGGAUCGGGAAACAAAUAAGAUGCUGGUCAUGAACCCUGUGAAUGAUACGAAGAUAGAUCGAGUGAAUGAAGUGGCUUUGGCACAAUUAGUUAAAAGUUGCCCUGUUGCCGUCACCGAGAGUGCCCCGGCUCCUGUGGCUAAGAAAAGGGGCAGGAAAAAGAAGAUACCGGACCCAGAAACGGCUGUGGUCGUUCCUAAGAAAAAUCCCAAGUUGCCUACAAAGGCCAAAGUUGCGCGUAAAAAAGCGGAGAAGGUAGCAAAACCAAAAACGCCCAAAGCUCCAAAACGUAAGGCUUCCAAGAUUCCACCUAUAAUUAGUCCGCUUCCAAAAAAAAGUCGUCCGUCGAAGCGAGGUAAGCUUGCGGACGACAUCUCCACAAACUCUUCUAUGAGCAACAUUCAAGAAAAAACAAUUAAGGAAACUCAAAAUGUUCCUGUGGUUCCCAAUAUACCAGCAGAAAAUAAUAAUGACUCAAGAAGAACAUCUGUCACUAGCGCGCCAGCUUCCGAAUUGUCCUGGACCAAAGACAUAUCUGGUUCCAGUACCACAACUUGCAUCACUGUCACCAGUGUCACCAACAACGAUUUCGUGCGUAUAGACGGCAAACUGCCUAAAAUAGAACUAGUUAAACUUAAAACCCAAUCGGCAAGUCAAAAAUCAGAAGAAGUGUCGCAUGAAGUGGAAAUGGAGCCAGUUUUAGUGAAUGACCUUCCUAACUCGUUAAUAAAUACGCAAACGGUAGAACCUAAUACUGGCGAAGUGGAGCCAGAGCAUUCACUUACAGAAGACAGCAGUAGCAGCAGCAGCAGCUCUUCCAGUUCGUCUUCUAGUUCCUCUCGAAGCGAUGACACUGCCACAGAAAACGGCUUAAAUCUAAGCAUAAUAUCUUCAAUCUCCGCUCCUCCAUACAGCCCGACUUAUACACAAAACGCCCAAAGCUUUGAUAAAAACAAACACGACGAAGUCACUUCAAUACUAGCGAUUCUUGCGCCAAGUUUGGAAAAACUGGACCUGAAUUUUCCGGAUAUCGAGGAUGAGGAGGAAGAUUUUGAUAUGAGUCCUUUCGAAGAGAAGGUUUCCAAGUAUUUAGAGGAGGAGUAUAAUACUAUACUAGAGUGUAAUUUCCUAAACCGAAUUUUAUCCGAAACCAAUGUGCCAAGUGCUCCCGAAAUCGAAAAGAAACAUAGCAAAGAACCAGACUUUCUUGUGCCUAAUCAAAGUGUGCUUACCGAAAAAAGUGCUUGUGAUUUUAACGAUGCGCCGAGCAAUAUUUCGCGCCGACGGGACUCGUACGGUUCUGACAUUACUGAUCAUGACGUGUUGCAAAUUUUCGAUCCCGACAACGACCUGGAUUCCACCAGGAUGGGCAGCUCGGCUUCCAUUUUCGAGGAAUACGUUCCCCAACCCGUUAUACAGAGGCCCCGUACGAUGACCUACCAACCUUCGAAACUAGACGAGGUAGAAGCGAGUGCCAAAAAACCCGUGUGCGAAAAACAAAACGCUGAUUCCACUUCCAUUCACAAGGAAACAGAACUCGAUGGUACUUCUAACGAUACGCCCGAGAGAAUUAGUGAACCAAGUCAGGUACCAACAAAGAACGUGGCAACAGAAAUGAAAAUGCCACCGCUGACUAUCUACUACUACCCGUUCCCUUCUCGCACUAGAAGCGCGGCGCUGCACGGAGUUUGCUUCUUCAACCUAACCUCGACCUGUAACAAGCAAGACCAAACCCACCUAACCUACUUCCCUCACCGAUUCAUCGAAGAAGACGAGUUUAGGGCCCGAAUUUACCAAAUCAGCGAAAUACAAUUCUUCCAAGAGUAUAACAACAUCGCGAAAUGGACGACAUUAAGAAAUAAAUACGUCAAAUGCUUCAUCGACGAGUGUCAAAGACGAGAACUCCCUAAAAUCCUAGUCGAAAUAGUUGUAGAUUUUCUAAUUAGAACCCCUUCGAAUACAGUAGAAGAUAAAAAUUUUAGAGUCCAAGUGAUAGAACACGCAUUGAUACACCUCAACAGUUGGAACUUGAUGGUUUGUCGGCACUUGCUCGAAUGCAAAGUGGGAGAGGAAGUACUAUGUGAUGUGUUUAUGAAAGUGAUAGCGAAUACACAGAAUUUUUCACGGUUCAAGUUAGUGUUCAUGAAUCUGACUGAUUUCAUGGUUCGCGCGAAUCGGACGUUUGAGUUUGAUGUGGCUUGUCAGAUACUGGAGAGAGUUGGUAUUCUGCCUUUUGAAGCUCCGGUGGCGAGGAGUCUUAUAUCAAUUAUAGGAAAGACUGAUAGAGAGAUAUUUAAGAACAAUAUGACCAGGAGGUUCGAGUUGUUGCUGGAGACUUGGAGCAAGGAGUUAUAUAAUAAGUAUUUGUUGAUCAAGAUGGUGGGUGUAUCGGUAGAGCCGGGCAGUGAGCCUGGUGCGUCGUUGCCGCCAUCUUUGCCGUCCCCGUGUGGCAGUCAGGAGCUUGAGCCAUUGAUUAACCCGAAGGGCUCACAAGAGUUUGAGCAGAGGUACACCUCUCCGGACACAACGAAUGUGGAUAGUGUGAACAAACAGGUCACGGAGCCCACUAUAAUCCGGACAUUCAACCACCUGGACAUGAGGCCGCCGCUCGGCAUGUGCAUGGCGCGGCCUCCCCGGCCUCCGCGGCCGCACUACCACAAGUACCCGUUCGGGGCGGAGCGCGGCUUCCCGCCGAUGCAGCGGAUGCCGUACAUGAGGCACCCGAGGCCUAUGAAGAGGCCGCCGCCCAGACCUGAUCGGCCGCCGGCUAAGUUCCAACGAAGAUAUGGGCCGGAGUUUUAAAUUUAACUAUUAGCCGUCUAAGAGGUAAAUUAUCUAGUAAGUUUAAAUCGUUACUUUAUUGUAAAAUUUAAGUUGAAUAAUAGUUUUUUGAAUUGUUGGACCUGAUUAAAGAAUAUUUUAUUUGUUCACUUGUAAAAAAAAGUUUUAUAUCGAGUAAGACUCGUUCUUAAGGAUACUGUAAAAUUAAUAUUAAUGUACAAUUGACACUGAAUAUGUAUAUUUAAAAUUUGACUUGCUGGCAAAAACGUACACCCACCCAUAUUUAUAAACACUGUAAGCCCAAACUAUAUAGAUAUGACACGACUAAACAGGUUAAAAGAUAGGCGGACAGUGACAGAUCCGCUUCCUAUUUGUAUUUGGUUGGUUAAUUGACUAAUGUAAUAAUGUUGUAACUACCCGAAAAUGUACAAAUUAUUUUUUUAAAUUUCUUAAGUACCAGACGCAGAGUUUUGCGUAAUAUUUUAAUAUCCCUUAUUGAGGCUUUUAGUGCGUUUAUAAAUAAGGGCGGAAAUAU